AAUACCAUGAGAUGUGAAGGAAAGACAGAACACAAAAACAAUGUUUAAGAAAAAGAAAAUGUGAAAAGAUUUUUGAAGCGUAGUUGAUUAUUCGAUGCGAGUGACUACAUUUAGUGUUUUCUUUCAUAUAGGCGCUGGAGAAUCAGGCAAAAGCACAAUCGUCAAACAGAUGAAAAUUAUCCACAAAGAUGGUUACUCACUUGAAGAGUGCUUGGAGUUCAUUACCAUCAUCUACAGCAACACCCUUCAGUCCAUCAUGGCCAUCGUGAAGGCCAUGACCACACUCAAUAUUAACUUUGGCCACUCUGAUCAGCAGGACGAUGCCAGGAAACUCAUGCACCUUGCAGACACCAUUGAGGAAGGCACCAUGCCUAAAGAGCUGUCAGACAUCAUUUUGCGCCUGUGGAAGGACUCUGGCAUUCAGGCGUGCUUCGACAGGGCCUCAGAGUACCAACUCAACGACUCCGCUGGAUACUACCUGAACGACUUGGAGCGACUGGUCCAGCCAGGCUACGUGCCCACUGAGCAGGAUGUGCUGCGAUCAAGAGUGAAGACCACUGGUAUCAUUGAGACCCAGUUCGGCUUAAAAGAUCUGAAUUUCAGAAUGUUUGAUGUGGGUGGCCAGAGGUCAGAGAGGAAGAAGUGGAUUCACUGUUUCGAAGGUGUGACCUGUAUCAUCUUCAUUGCUGCUUUGAGCGCCUACGACAUGGUGCUGGUGGAGGAUGAUGAAGUGAAUCGAAUGCACGAGAGUCUGCACUUGUUCAACAGUAUCUGCAACCACCGCUACUUCGCCACCACCUCCAUCGUACUCUUCCUCAACAAGAAAGACGUGUUCCUUGAGAAGAUCAAGAAAGCUCAUCUCAGCAUGUGCUUCCCUGAAUACGAUGGACCCAACACCUACGAGGAUGCUGGAAACUACAUCAAAGUGCAGUUUUUGGACCUGAACAUGCGCCGAGACGUCAAAGAAAUCUACUCUCACAUGACCUGUGCCACAGACACAGAAAACGUCAAGUUUGUGUUUGAUGCCGUAACCGACAUCAUCAUCAAAGAAAACCUGAAAGAUUGUGGUCUCUUCUAAGAGCCACGCUCAGGGACCCAAUGACGGGUGCUGUUGUCGCCCCGUCAGACUCCACAAAUCCCUCCUCAAUUGAAGCUGAGGACCCAAGAUGAGAAACUGUCCCCGAAAAUAUCAAUUCUCAAACAGGCGAACGCAAAGAAAUAAAAAAAUCAAUUUGUUGUGUUCAAAAAAAAGUUGUAGCUUUGACAGAAAGACUUCAGGUCAACUCAGACCAGAAGACAGCUCAGAUUAAGUCAGAAACUUCUGUGCAGAUUUCAGAUGAGUUGAACUUUAGUCAAGCUAACUUUUCUCACGAGUCUCCUGAACUUGUCUUCGGAGGGGUACGCAAUCUGUAGUUAACACAUCAAAAGCUUCUGUCAGCAUAAAGUGAUUUCUUCUCACAUGUAUUAAUGUGAAUAGAUGUCAGGCUAACGCAUUCGCUCUAUGCUCCAGUAACUGGUCAGUAUAUACCGCCAAAAAUAAAUAAAAAUAAAUAAAAAAAUAAAGCAAACAAGAUGGCCUCACCACCUGCAAACGCACUUCGACCUCUGUUAGAGAUUUAACAAGAACUUGUCACUAGAAACACCACAGAGCAGUUUGAGACACAACUCAGGCAGGUUACUCACUGAAUUUUUAAGUAAGAAAAUUCAACUUUUUUUUUUUUUGCAAUAGUUUAAAGGGCCGUUGUAUAUAACUAAACUGAUUCCUAUUGGACAGUUAAAUGAAGUGUGGUGAUACCAUGUUGAUAUGUGACACUUUUGAGUGGUAGAUGUAAUAUACUUCAACUUAAAAAUUUGAAAAGUUAACUGAUGCUACAGGCCUUUGAGCCAACGAUCCUGUACAGAAACCAAUAAGUGUAAACCUCGACUAAAUCUAUUAAAGCUUCUGUAGAAAACUGAGUACUUUUCCAUUUUUUCACAAAUAAAAAGCAACACAGCAACGUCUUGUUCAUAAUUUGUCAUUUAUUGAUUUCUUUUUUUAAAUAGAUUAAAGGAAUAGUUUGAUCCUUUUAAGAGAAACACACAUUUCCAUUCUUGCCGAGAGUUAGAUGAGAAGAUCGAUAUUACUUUCAUGUCUGUACGGUCAGCAGCCAGCUAGCGUAGUUUAGCACAAAUACUGGAACAGGGGUGAACAGUUAGUCUCCCUCUACCUAAAUAUGAAAAACCAUCUACUAGCACCUCUGAAGCUCACAAAUUAACAUGUUAUAUAUCAUUAAAUAUGUGCCCACUAAAGAAAUACUCCAGCAGAUAAUCUUGCGACAAAAUAUGCAACAUGCUAGUUGUGAUUUCUUGCAACAUGGGAUAAGAUCCUCUCCAGUAAAUUAUGACACAUUUCACGAAUCAAACAUAGCACCAAACUUCUGAUCCAAGCAUGAGCAUACCACGCAAGAGCCCUGAAAAACUUUUAUCUGCACUUUCUGAGAAACAAACAUUUGUGAAACAUGACCUUGUCACCAUUUGCAAUCUGCAUGCAAACAGUGCUCACAAACUGCUUUUCUGAGAAGAGCCACAGACUGGUAUCAAGCGUUAUCUGUCUUCUCAUCAACUCUCAGACAGAAAGUAAAUCAGCGAAUUUCCCAAAAUGCUGAACUAUAAUCUGAGGCAAAGUGGGUGGGUUGAUGUCAGCCAAUUAGAAAACUCAGAAAUGUAUUCGCUAUUGCCUGAAGCAGUUGAAACAACACUUGAUAAAAUGAACAGCUGUCUCCCAAAGCCAAAGAAGAUGCCAGUGAAGUGAUGUAAUUGAGCCACGCAGCCCGAGGCUCUGCUGGAGCUGUACAGAGACUCAGGAUGUUCGAUAGAAGACGAACCAGUCGAGCCGUACAUGAAUCAAACAUUAAAAGUUAAGGAGAGAUUUACUUUUCUGCGUUUGGGACAUUCAUGAAUAUUCACAGUACAACUGUACUUCAGUUCAGUGCGGUUGUUCUUCAACCUCAGAUAAACAAGUUGUAACAUUUGCAAUAUAAAUACCUAAGGCUAUCCUAAGACAUUGUAGGCAACAACAUUUCAAGAAAGUUUAAUUUUUUUUUUUUUUUUUUUACGAAAGCAUUCAUUGAUUUUUGUUUGUCCUUUAAACCCUGAGUUUUCACCACAUGAUAAUUAUUAGAUAUGAUGUGCAAUUAUAUAAAAGAGAAACAGCAAAUGACAACCUCUAAGAAUAAACCAGAAAAUAUGCAAGAGAGUCUGUGUACUAGAUAUGUCUGACAGAAAAAAGAUGGAAAACAAACAGGUUUUCACUUAUUAACAUUAAAAUACAUUUUAUGGCUUGUUUUGUCAAAAAAAAAAAAAAAAAAAAAAAAAAAGGAGCUUUAUGUCAUAAUCAGUGUAAAACUGUA